ACCAAGCAAUGGCCUUAAAUGUACUAUACUAGGAUUUAUGCUUAUUUAAAGUCAAAUUUGUGAUCAAGGCUUAAUAAAAAAUCGUACAUAUAUUGUGGCCUAGCUUCUGCCCCUGAAACUUAUAUGGUAACCUAAUUCCUAAUCAUGGAUUCACUAUUUAUGAAACCGGUGCAACCACACGUUUUUAAAGCAAUAAAAGAUGUUGAUAUACCAACACUUGUGAACUGUUCCUCUGAUGAAAUAAGACCUGUGAUACCCUGUCUUGUACGUAUGGCACUGAUAGCGCCUUUGGACGUCACAAGAUAUUGUGCCGAGGCAAAAAAGGACAUUCUGACUAUUUUAUCUGGGAUAGAUUUGGUAAAUUUCAUAGUAUCGCUAUUAUCUAUCGAAUUUCAUGCACUUGAAGUAGAUCUGAAGAAAGAACAACAAAUGCGACAAAAAAGUGGUUCACAAAGCACAGAGUCAUUUUUAAUUCAGAAUGUGGUUAAUGGAAUAGUUAAUGACUUUGAACAGUCUGACUCAGCCCGAAGGGUACGCCUAGUUCUCUCUGAAUUACUCCAGAUGCAGGCACAACUUGCUGAAUACAAUCAGAACAAAAAUUCCAAUACAGAAUCUUCGUUUAAAGCGUCAGAACUUUUUGACAAUGAUGUUUACCUUGAAGAAAUAACAGAUGUAAUCUGUAUAAGUCUUGCUGAACUGCCCAAUUUGCUGAAUAUUUGUGACAUAGUUGAAGUUCUUCUUUAUGUAAACAAAGGGCCUGUUAUUAUUUCUUGGGUUGUUGCAAAUAUGCCAGACACUUUACUAGAAGUUGCUGAAUCCCUAGUAAUGAAUACUGAAAGAGUUGAGGAAGGUGGUAUAAGGGCCAAAACUCUGUCAACUUUAUGUGACGCCUGUCCAUACAUAGCUGCAGCAGUAAGAGCAAAGGCAGUUACCUCGUCCCGUCUGCCAUGUCUAGUAAUCAGUCUAACUUUAAUACAUCAUCCGGAUGACUUGGUAUCUUUUGUGUCUGGACUCUUAUUAGGUUCAGAUUUGACUUCUAGAGCUUGGUUUGCAACAUUUUUACGUAAUUCACACAAAAGAGGUAAAGGAGAUGGGCAUGCUGCAUUAGUAAAGCUGAGGCAGGAACUAUUGAAUAGACUGAAAGAAGCUACCGCUGGUGUAGAGGCUUCAGCAUUAUUGAGAUUGUAUUGUGCCCUAAGAGGAAUUGCAGGGAUAAAAUUCCAAGAUGAUGAAGUAUCUGGACUUUUGCGACUUGUCACACAGAAACCACCACCAACCCCUGCCGGAGUGAGAUUUGUCUCAUUGAGUCUGUGUAUGAUACUUGCAUGUCCAUCAUUAAUGGCUGCUACAGAUCAUGAAAAGAAAGCAAUAGAAUGGGUGCAGUGGCUAGUAAAAGAAGAGGCGUAUUUUGAAAGUAACUCUGGAGUUACGGCGUCAUUUGGAGAAAUGUUGCUUUUAAUUGCAAUUCAUUUUCACUCGGGACAACUGGCUGCUGUGGGUGAAUUAGUUUGCGCCACUCUGGGGAUGCGCGUGCCGGUCCGGCCGAAUGGCUUGGCGCGUAUCAAGCAAGCAUUUACUCAAGAAAUAUUUACUGAACAGGUUGUUACUGCACAUGCUGUAAAAGUUCCAGUUACAGUAAAUCUGAACAGUAACAUAUCUGGUUACUUACCAGUACAUUGUAUUCAUCAGCUACUAAAGUCGCGGGCGUUUUCAAAACACAAGGUGCCAAUAAAAAGUUGGAUAUACAGCCAGAUUUGCAACUGUACGGCGCCGUUACAUCCCGUGAUGCCCGCGCUCGUAGAAGUUUAUGUCAACUCCAUCCUUGUGAUCAACAGUAAAGGAACAAAUGAAUACUUUAACAAACCCAUUGCUGAAGAAGAAAUUAGAAAAGUGUUUAGAAAUUCCAUAUUUGGUAUCAAUUCUGAUCCCCAAAAUAAACCGUUUACUCCCAUGGAAACUGAUGGGGACACAUCGGUUGAAAUGAAUAUAGAGAAACCCUCAUUGGCAUCCCAAUUACUGCUGAUAUAUUAUCUCCUCUUGUAUGAAGAUGUUAGACUGGCCAACUCAGCCACUCUUGUAGCUAAUGGAAGAAAAAUAAAAAGUUAUUCAUCAGCAUUUCUCUCUGAACUACCCAUAAAAUAUCUUUUGCACCAAGCUCAGAAAAAUCAAUUGAGUUACGGCGGACUUUUUAGUCCACUGUUACGAUUAUUAGCUACCCAUUUUCCGCAAUUGUCUCUUGUAGACGAUUGGAUGGACGAUCAAGUGUUUGGAGACACUUGUCGCCAUCAAGUGGAUGUUAAUAUUUCAGAGGCUUCAAUACAUGAAGCAUUUCAAUGCAUCGAGGAAAAUCCAUACAAAACUGGAAAAAUUCUCAAAGCUAUGCUGAACAAGAACCCAACAGACAUAUGGCCUUUUGCUGAAAUAUUUGUCAGAUAUUUUAAAAGUGUGCUCGGCUAUCAGGUUCCUAGACAUAUACAAGAACUUUACCGCGAAGUGUGGCUUCGACUCAAUACAGUGCUGCCGCGGUGCUUGUGGAUUAUGACCAUAAAUGCUCUACUAGACAUCAACAAUGGUACCAGUCGAAAUGUUACAAUCACCCAAGAAAAUGUUUUAGUAGAUCCACUUCAAGUUUUGCGAUGUGACAUUCGAGUGUUUAGAUGUGGACCCAUUUUAAAAAUAAUUCUGAGGAUUUUGGAAGCCAGUUUAGCAGCAUCUCGAAGCCAAUUGAGCCGACAUCUAUUAGAUAAGCCACUGUUGGAGAAGAGUGGACAAUUAACGUCUGAUGCAGAACGAGAAGAAUUGAAAAAUGCAUUGGUAGCCGCGCAAGAGAGUGCCGCGCUGCAAAUUUUAUUAGAAGCCUGUUUGGAAACAGAAGAAGACCAAUCUAAACCUGAACUUAUGUGGGCACUGCGGGAAGUCAGAAGUAUAAUUUGUUCGUUUCUACAUCAAAUAUUCAUUUCGGAACCGUCGCUCGCUAAGCUAGUUCAUUUUCAGGGUUACCCAAGAGAGUUAUUGCAAGUCACUGUGCAGGGUAUUCCAUCUAUGCACAUCUGUUUAGAUUUUAUUCCUGAACUUCUCAGUCAAGCUUCUCUGGAAAAGCAAAUUUUCGCUGUAGAUCUCGUGUCGCAUUUGUCAAUUCAGUAUGCGUUGCCGAAAGCGAUGUCUAUCGCAAGACUAUGUGUCAACACUCUAUCUACGCUUCUGUCUGUACUUCCCAGCGACCUCCGUCUAGAACUCUUCCAGCCUGUAUUAAAAUCACUCGUACGAAUAUGCAUAGCAUUUCCUUCACUGCUUGAAGAUGUCACGUCACUGCUAUUGCAGCUAGGACGAAUAUGCGAAUCUCAAGUAUCUCUGGGGCACUGUUGGAACGACACCAACAUACUAGGUGAGGGGGCGUACGUACAGUCGGAUGUACAGAGUGACAGCAAAGUGUUAGUAGCGGAAGUUUUGUGCAGAGAUAUUAAAAUAACAAUGUCAGAAAUAAUUCAAAAGGCUCUUUUGAAUGAUAAGUUAUAUUAAUAAUAAAUUACUAUAACAAUA